AUGCUUUCACUGCACAACAAGGCAAAAUCAAAGGGUGUGGGUGGUAAUAGUGGCCACAACUCGGACCAACAGGCUUUGCCUCAGAUCGGAUCGAUGGCCUCUUUUUCUGAAUUAUUUCAAAAUCCUCAUCUAUUUCAUCAGGCAUCCUCUCCAAAUCAGAUCCAUGUUUAUGAAGGAGUCCAUCCUGAAAAACUAUUCGGAGGAAAGAACUCACCCCAGAUGAAGUGGAUGGCCCGCGAGUUGAAUGAAUGGAUGUUCAGUUAUCAUCAACAGCAACCACAACCGAAUGCCAUGUUCUCACCGAAUGAAUUGGCACUCAAACAAGUUGAAUUUGGAGUGCGAUCAUUUGUUUUUACGCAAGUGAUUUCAACAGAUUCAUCUUUGUCAGCUCAGAAAGAGUCCUGGAAGAAAGAUGUCGAAAAAUAUACUGGCGAGUCUUCACACUUUGUUCACAAUAUUCCAUUGCAAGGUUCCUAUGUGAGAUCUUCUGAUGGCGGUUUGACCCAAACAUUGUAUAUAGCUACUCUUCCUUUUAUUGAUAGGACUAAUGCUCCAUUAUUGAAUAACCGUGUCAAUUUGCUCAGAGAUUGGUAUUUAGGAAAGAACCAAAAACAAAGCACCUUUACAGUCAAGUCACUCGAAGAAAUUAUUGAGAAUGAUGACUUUUUAUCUGAUUUAGGAUCCCAAACAAAUCUGAACUUUAUUUCUAACUUAUUUUAUGAAAUAUCAUAUUGUAUCAAAGAGUUACAUGACCAGUGUUCCAUUACACACAAUAGUAUUCUACCAAAGAAUAUUAUAUGCUUUCAACAAGGAGAAUCAUUCCAUUUCUUAAUUCACCCACCAUCGUUUGGUCUGGCUUCCAUGAUUGACAACCUCAAUGACGACCAUGUGACAUAUUUCUCACCACAAGUAUUCUCUAGAUUUGAGAAUGGUGAAGCAGUUUUUACAUUUGAUAACGAUUUGCACAUGUUGGGAACCUUGAUUCUCAGAAUUUUAUUAGGGGAAGAAUUUGAUGCCAAACAACUUGAUGCUGAUGAUUGGGAUAAUGAAUCCAACAAUUUGAUUAAUUCCAUUUCAUCUCGUGUGGCAAAUUGUGAUGAAAAAGAAAUCAUUAUUUUCAAGAAUUUAGCUACCUUAGCUGUGCAAUGUGUCAAUCCAGACAAUACGAAACGACCAACGAUUAUUCAAUUUUGUAGGGUUAUUAACGAAAAUCUUGGAUAUUUUUAUCAAAUCCCUCCACAACCUGUUUAUGACGAAAUUCUAGUUCAGUUCGGUCACGACAAAGACUCUGAUCUUUCUCUGAGUGCUUCCUUUGAUGAUGAAGAAGAAGCUAGUUUUGUGGAGAGUAGAGUAAUGGAAGAAGAGCAAAAACGAUCGGUUUUGAAGAAAAAAACUAAACAAAAUGAGGAACUUCUACCUUUGGCAAGAAGUUCCUCACUCUCGAAAGGACUAGGUAGAAAAGACAGCCGUGGCGGAAGUACUGGAGGCAUGAGGAAAGAAAAGAGUCAAUUCGAUGCAAAACCAAAAGCUUCUCCAAGUAGAAACUUGGCGAGUUCCAUUUCUUCAUCAAGAGCUCCACCGGCCAUGAAACAAGAUCUCUCAGGUUUUGAAGAUUUUUCAUCGAAGGAAUCUGCACCUUCUGUUCAACAAGAACUGAUAGAGGGGAUGGCUGAUGAUGCAUUCGUUCCAGCAAGUGACAAGAUGCAUGAUUCCAUCAUACAGUUAUCACCUCAAAUUUCUCAGCAACAACAAGUCAUACCUUCUCCUCCACCACAAUCACACCUAUUUGCUACAAGUCAAGUCAUUUCAUCAUACCCACCUCCUCCUCCAUUGUCAGUAGCCUCCAGUAGCUCCAGUAGUGUCGUGCCAACUGGUACUACCUUUCCUGCGCAAGCCACUUCUGAUACCUCAUUAAAUUUCAGCACCAAUACGAGGAGCCGAAGACUUGCACGUGACGAUUCUUAUGGCGCUACAGAAAACGAAAAGAAAGAACUGCAUGACAGUACAAAAGAAAGAAUAGAUGAAAUUGUGAUGAAGCAAAAAGAAAUAUUGGAAAAAAGUUCUUGGCGUUUAGAAGAACAACUUGAUGAAAGAUGUGAUGACAUACAUUACGAAGCUAAGAGUUUUUCCAAAAAGUCCAAAUCGUUUCAUUUUGAUUUUUCGUCAGCUCUUUCCUCCUUUUUCAGAAAUAUCGGAGAAUUUUUCCGAAGCUUCUCUUAUCGAAGAAAGGAUAGUGGAACAACACAACCUCUGUCUGCAGAUAAAAUUCCUUUGCCACAGCCAGAGAAACCAAUAACUAUUUCAGUGGAUACAACCAAGAAGGAUCAAUAUUCAAUAGUGAAACGAUUGAACGAUGGAGCAUCUGCCAUUAUUUUGCAAGUGAAGCAAAAAGAUACAGACCAGUUAUAUGUGAUGAAACGUUUUAGAGAAGGUGUUGAUACAGAUUAUCAUAGAGAAGUGGAGUGCUUAAAAGCAUUCUCUCACAACAAUAUUGUACAAUAUGUGGACGAUUUCUCAUAUUCUGAAAUUGUAGAUGAUAAGCAAGUAGUGACCUAUGUUGUCAUUAUGGAGUUCUGUACCUUUGGAGAUUUAUUUAAGCAGACCAUGAGUUUUGCACAGGGUGGCAAACAACGAUUAAUGAGACCAAUGAGAAUGUUAAAGUUCACACUUCAACUAUUUUCUGCUCUUGAACAUGUGCAUAUGAAAGGUUAUGUGCAUUGUGAUGUGAAACCACAAAACAUAUUCUUGGCCAAGGACGGAACACUCAAGCUUGGAGAUUAUGGUUUUGCUGUUAAGGAAGGAUCUGUUGUUUGUGGCGGUACUUUGCAUUAUUUACCUCCUGAACAACAGGAAGGACAACCCUCUUCGUGCAAGAUGGACAUUUAUUCUGCGGCAUGUUCUCUCUUUGAAGUUCUCUCCAAGAAGAAAGUGAGCUUGAAAUCAAAACAAGGAGCCCCUCUAAACUUUGAGAACAUUUGGGAUCAACAUUUGAAGAGUAAUCCUCAUUUUCACAGAAAGAGAAGCAAUCCUCAUGCGAUUGGCCUUUUUAAUGUUUUACAGAGUUGUCUUGAGCCAGAAGCUUCAAAACGUCCAACUGCUGCAGAAGUGGUGAAACAGGUCACCGAAAUUUACAAAAAUUACUCAGCAACCCUAUUGCAAAAAAGGCACAGAGGAAACAUGGUUCGAAAAUCUUUGAAAAGACGACUGAAUGUUGUCAACUAA